AUGGCAAUGGAGGGAGAGGCCACCAAGAAGCUACUGAAAAAAUCAGUAGCAGUGAAAGUUGGUGAUGGUGGUGAGGAUGAACCACUGAAGGACAGGAUAUGGAGUGAGACCAAGAAGAUGUGGAUUAUCACAGCGCCUGCAAUAUUCACCAGAUUCUCGAACUUCGGGAUCUAUAUCAUCAGUCUAUCUUUUAUCGGCCACCUCGGCUCCACUGAAUUGGCUGCCUAUUCUCUCGUCUGCACCGUCCUCCUCAGAUUCGUAAAUGGCACCCUGCUCGGCAUGGCAAGUGCUCUAGUGAUCCUAUGUGGCCAGGCCUAUGGUGCGAAGCAGUACCACAUGCUCGGAGUGUACCUCCAGAGGUCGUGGAUUGUCCUAACAAUAUGCUCCAUCUUUCUAGUUCCUCUGUUCAUCUUCACUGCACCACUUUUAAAGGCCUUAGGUCAGGAAGACAAAAUUGCAGAUGCUGCUGGAGAAAUCUCCCCCUGGUUGAUCCCGAUCCUCUUCGCCUUCAUCAUGUCUUUCACCUGCCAAAUGUUUCUCCAAGCGCAGAGUAAGAACAUGAUCAUUGCUUACAUAGCGGCGCUCUUGGUGGUGGUUCAUCUAUGUCUCUCAUGGCUAUGGACCACAAAAUACAAGUUUGGAAUUCAAGGCGCUAUGGCUUCCACCAUUUUGGCAUAUUGGCUCCUUAAUAUUGGACAACUCGUGUUUGUGAUGUGCGGAGGUUGCCGAGAUACAUGGAAUGGUUUCUCCAGUUCGGCCUUCAAGGACUUGUGGCCAGUGAUCAAGCUCUCGGUAUCAUCUGGCGCCAUGCUAUGUCUCGAGCUGUGGUACAACACGGUGUUGGUUCUUCUAACAGGCAACAUGGAAAACGCGGAGGUUUCCAUCAAUGCGCUCGCUAUCUGCCUCAACAUCAAUGGUUGGGAAAUGAUGAUUUCUCUCGGUUUCUUGGCUGCAGCAAGCGUUCGAGUAUCUAAUGAACGAGGAAGAGGGAGCUCAAGAUCGGCAAAGUUCUCAAUCACGAUGACAGUGCUCACAUCCUUCGGCAUUGGAUUUGCUUUCUUUGUGUUCUUCCUCUUCUUCAGGGGGCGUCUGGCUUAUAUUUUCACCGAGAGCGAUGAGGUGGUCAAUGCCGUGGCUGAUUUGUCCCCUCUUCUGGCUAUUUCCAUACUUUUGAACAGCGUCCAACCGGUUUUAUCGGGAGUCGCCGUUGGAGCUGGUUGGCGGAGCACAGUACCCUACGUCAACAUCUUGAGCUAUUACCUAGUUGGGAUUCCGGUGGGAGUCGUGCUUGCCUAUAUUCUAAGUAUGCAAGUGAAAGGCGUGUGGGUUGGAAUGCUGUUCGGAACCUUCGUUCAGACAGUAGUACUGAUCGUUAUUACCUUCAGAACUGAUUGGGAUAAGCAGGUAUUACUAGCUCGAACACGCGUUAACAAGUGGUUCGUGGCUGAAGAAGGAUCACGCAAGGCAGAACGGGUGUAUGAUUCAAUCUUUUUCUCGUUCUCCUCUUAUUAUUGUGGAGAUAACGAAGAAUUCUCUGUCGCAUCUGAAUAUCUCCAAUUCCUAGCAAGGGAACUGAUUUGA